AGGCUCGAAACCGGUCCAGACAGUUUCGAAGCAAUUAGCUUUUGGUUGUCAGUGUUCGUGCAAGUGCUGCUCGCGGUGCUGGCGAGCUUCCAUCAAUGCCGGAAUCCUCAGCAUUGACCAUUGAAAUUGUACUACUUAGUGGGAAGACUGCAUCAGUCAGCGCAAAGAUGGAUGACACAGUUGCAGAAUUGAAGGAGCGAGCGGAACGUAAGCUGAAUAUGCCGCUGCGUUGUUUGGUUAGCCCAAUGGGAAUCCUACAGCCUGGCCAAUCCAUGAGGGAUGCUGGUGUGCAGAGUGGGCAGAUAAUGACAGCUGCAGCUAAGCCUGUCAAGGUGGUGUCCGGUCGAACUGCGUCAGCAUUUGUCAUGAUCAAGUUUGAUGGUUCAGUAGUCGCUUGGGGAGAUUGUCACCGAGGUGGAAGCUGCAACACCUGUUUGGAACAGAUCCAAGAGGUCCGAGUAAACUCAGGUGCUUGUGCUGCGCUCCAUGUGAACGGUACAGUGGCCACUUGGGGCGACCCUUCCUUCGGCGGCAGAUGUGUGAAUUCUGUUGGGAGCCUUCUGCAGGAAGCUUCAAAGGGCGGAUCUGAAGAGCUAAAGCGGCUCAUGGUGCGGCAGAUUUGUGCCUCAGCAGCCGCUUUUGCUGCUGUUCGUGUUGACGGAAGUGUUGUCGCAUGGGGCAUGUCCUCAUGUGGAGGUGUUGUUCCUCCUGAUGUGCAGCACGAACUGUAUGACAUUGAGGAGUUGCAAGCGUGUGGGACUGCCUUUGCAGCCAAAAGGUCUGAUGGACAGGUGAUUACAUGGGGAGAUCCCCGGUUUGGAGGAAAUAGCUCUCGAGUGCGACAUCGCUUGACAGGUGUGAAAGAAAUUGAAGCCUGUGACGGAGCUUUUGCAGCAAUCUGCCAGGAUGGCAGCGUUGUUACUUGGGGCAACCGGGUUCGUGGGGGUGACAGUGCUCAUGUCCAAGAUCAGCUGAAACACGUGGAGCGAAUCUAUUCGACAUUUGGUGCUUUUGCUGCUGUUCGUGCGGAUGGCAUAGUUGUAACAUGGGGUGCCAGGGAUGCAGGUGGGGCUUGCGAUGUCCAAAUCCAACAUGUCCGAACCAUCGCGGGCACUUCAGCUGCGUUUGCAGCCCUUCUAGAAGAUGGGUCAGUAGUCACAUGGGGGUCUACCAGGUUCGGUGGCCAUAUGGCAGAUUCGGUGAAAGCAAGAUUGCAAGGUGUCGAAGAGCUUUAUGCCUCCAGCGGCGCGUUCGCUGCAAUUUUGGCCACCGGAGAAGUUGUGACCUGGGGUGAUGCAUCUCGAGGAGGGGACAGCUCUGCAGUUCAGCCCCUCACAGAUGUUGAGUACAUUGUUGGAUCCUUUGCAGCGUUUGCUGCAAUCAGAUCGGAUGGAAGUGUUGUUGCUUGGGGCGAUCCAGAGUGUGGUGGGGACAACGGGUUGGAUCGAAAAAACUGAACUGAGGUUGCACACUAUCUUUCCGUGACAUUCAGGCUCACUAUAUACAUCAUUUGCAACAUAGUGGCACAAUGGCAGAAUAUGACCACUGGGACUGUGGGCUGAAUCGGCAAGGUGAAGCUGCUCCCAAAGAUGGACAGCAAGUUUUGGGGCCCUUUCGUGUCAUUGGAGUUGGCUCAUGCAAGCACAUUUGGAGACAUACACAAAGUGUUGACAUUGUGCUGCGAGAAUGCAGCUUGGGUCUAUAUGCAAUGCCGUAUAGAUUCAUGGCGACAAAACUGCUGCAGGCUCCCCUGCGAUUUGUUCUCGGCUGCAACCAUUUGCAGCCCACAGGCAGUGAAGGCAACGGUCGA